UCCACCUUAGCUGCAAGUCAGCGAGCAUAUCAUCCGGACGAGUUCUGCAAAUCUGAAACACUCAAGAUCGGUAUCCUUUAAAUAUAUUACCGUUAUUAAGAACAAAACCAAAAAAAGACACUUUUCGCGACACCACUGUUUUUCGCGCGAAAUGACGUCAGAAGAAACCCGCGCAGAAAUUCCAUACUGAUGACGUGUCACUACCCAGAUCUAGCUUCUCAUUGGAUGAAGUAAAUUUCCAACCAAUCAGAAGCAGUACCCAGAUCUGGUUAGCAACGCGUCCUUAGCAUGAAAUCUCUGUGUUCGUCCCUCAAACGUCAUUGGUGGCGUCACGAAAUGUCUGCUGUUUUCUCAGGCUACGAUGGGUGCUUAAAGAUGAAGGUCGGUUCUACCCUGGAUAUUCUAUUGUUAUUUAUGACAUGAUAAUAAAGUGUGGGAAUAAAACUGAGCGAAAGCAAACUCGGGCAGGAUCAACUCCGACUUAUUCGUUGGAUGGGAGAGUGGACAAAGGGUCUCUUGACUUCCGCGGUCUCGAAAAGAGUGUUGGAUUGAAACACUGGUAGCUUCUUUUUUUAAGUCUUAUAUGCGUAAUUCCCAGGGUAUUAAUGACCAAUUCAAAUCGAGUUACCAAUGCAAGUCGGUUGUUUUAUACUCCUUGACAUAUUUACAUCCUAGAUGUGAAAUACUAUCUCGCUAAUCAGGCUCACCCGGUUGUAGCUCGUUUGUGCGAUCCCAUCGACGGCACCGAUGCAGCUCAUAUUGCCCAGUGUUUAGGUAAGUAAAUUACCGAUUUAACUCCGCGGCUAGAAAACUGCUUGCAAUGCAUCUAAACAAAAUGUGUCUACUGAUUAAGUCAGUUUAAAGUAUUAACUCUAGUGUUUUCUUGUGUAUUACAAUAACGAAUUGACCUGAUAUCACAGUUUUAUUCUCCCUAGAAGCCUCGGCUAGCUCUUUCUUUAGGGUAAAAACUCAAAGACGGUCUAUCCGUAUUUGUGGCCUCUGGCACGGACAAUUUUCCUCUACUCCUACACCGGAAGCAGUUUUUCUUAAGUUCUCUACUUGCUAUCUCUCGUCUCAUUGGUUCAGAGCAUACAGUUAAUUUUGGAAGUCAGCGCAACCUUCAAAUCUGUUGGUUGAGCGCACAAUGCGUGAUUUCCAAGAGCAAUGUCAAUUUGUGUUCCGCGCGACGGUUCGUUUGUCGUUAUUUUCUGUAUUUCUUAACAUUCAAACGGCUGCACUAAAUUUUGUUGUUGUUGUUGGUUUUUCUUUUCAACGAUCAGCAUCGUUAUACGACAACCCUGUAAAGACGACGAGAUUUCCGUGACCGUAGUCGAAUUAACGGGUUUUUACUGUUCAUUGAGAUUCCCGUGAAACUGAAUUUUUACAAAGUUUAUCACCAAUUUUUUAUUCGCUGCGCAGGCCUGGAUCCUUCUGGUUAUCUUGGCAGCUCUGCCCUUCAUGAUGAUGAAAAUGACGCGUUGCUUGGUGGCCAGGCUCAGAUGACAGACGAGGAAAGGUUUAAGGUCGGUAUAACUGUGAACAUUUUCCCUCCCAGAGGUGAUCAAAGUCAAAAUUCAACAAAAUUUCCCAAUUUAAUUUUGUUAAAUGAUGAAAACCAGAUAGCAGCAUAUGAGAAUACUGAAGAGGUUUCAUUUGAAUAGUAACACCAUAGGAUUUUGUCUACAGAUUCAAAUCAUCAUCAGCAUCAUACAUCAUCACCUUUAUUUAUCCUGAGAUUUACAGUGUAGCUCUUUAAGCUAAUAUCUCCGAGAUAGAAGAAAAUAAAUAUUUAACUAAAGUAAUCAUUAUCCUAAAAAAAAUAAUAAAUAAGUUGGAACUACAUACUAAUUUUACAGUACCAUGUGAAAGGACUGCUGAAGAGGUUUCAUCUGAAUGGUAACACCACAGGAUUUGAUACACAGAUUCAAAACUGUUAGAACUACAUACUAAAUAUAUAGUACCAAGUUCAAAGUACUGCUGAAGAGGCUUCAUUUGAAUGAUAACACCAUAGAAUUUAAUCCACAGAUUCAAAAGUUAAAACCGCCUCCGUCUCCAUCUCGAUCCAUCACUCAAUCUGGGAAUUAAAAGGUGAAAGAAGUGUUCUAGUGUAGCAGCAGUGAUUAAAUUAUCUUUUCUUCGAUUUGUUGACCCCAAAAUGACCUUUAUUUUAGAAAACCAUUAGAAAAGUAGAAGUUAAAUAGCACUGAGACGUUUCGUUUUAACGUAAAGUGGAUUGUGUCUACGACAAUCGACAUGUUCUAAAAUCCACAAGACCGGAACACAAAAUUUGAGGGCGGGGGGCAAACAAGGGGCAUCAUGGUCUUUGUGAAAAUGGUGAAUAGGUAAAAACACAAAUAGAAACCCUAACCCUAAUCGUACCUUACUUGUUUCUCAAGGAUUGUGAGCGAUUUAUAGUCAAGUGUAAACGCUCCAGCUGUGGUCAAGAAACGACCCUCGAACUCCUCUUUAAAGGCGCCGUAAGUACACUUUUAACAGUUAAUGUUCAUUUACAGUUUAACAUCAAAUGAUAUUAUUUCCUUCAGUCAGAGAGUUUAUAAUUUACACUAUUCAGGGGUUUAAGGUUAAGCACAUUCAAUGCAUGAGUUAUAGCUGAACAGGGAUCUGUAAGUUAAAGUCAAAUGCGCAGUUUUCCAUUUUCGAAAACCAGCAAUGUCGAUCCCAAGCCUUUAGCAGAGGUAGGUGUAGUUUAUGCUCUGGAUUAAGGAUUACCAACAGGAAAAGGUACAUAACAGUUCAAAAACAGAUUUAACAAGCUUUUAAAACAUUUAUAAUUGUUGUUUUUAUUGAAGCAACCAAACGAAGCACAUUACAAGGUUGUAUAGUUGAAAAACCACAAGUGCACAACAUUUGUGGAGAUACGCUCGUGGUUACAGAAUUUAUGGAAACUUAAAGCUCUUUAAGUUUAAACUUUUUAAAAUUCGUUUAGUAAGAUAAGGACCUAAAAUUGAACGUAUAAAGUCUUAGGUCUUAAAUUAAUACUUCGCACCAAUUUUUUUUUUUGUAGUCGAACGCACUGGCAGUCAACGAUACAUGUCCCGGAUGUAACAAUCAGUACAGCGCUGGCGCAGUUUCCAACCAGUUGAACGUUGCCAUGCGCAGACACAUCAAGGAAUACUACAUGGUAACUGAAGCAAUUUUGUAAAGUACUCACUUUUGCAACUGCAAUUGUAUACAGUGGAACCUCGAUUUAAAUAAGUGACAAGGGACUGGGGAAAUUUGUUCGUUAUAUCGAGGGUUCGUUAUAUCGAAAACCUCGUUAUCACCUCGACACAAGUUUUAUCCUUUUGCAUUCAUCUUUAGUUAUCUUUCGGUCACAUGCUGACAUUUAUUCGUUAUAUCGAGGUAUAUUUUACGUUUGCGUUUCUGGAUUGUGUUCGUUAUAACGACGAUUUCGUUAAAUCGAGCUUUUGUGCCAUACAUUUUACUGUAAUUUUGGCCGGGUUGAUGAAAAUCGUUCUUUAUACCGAGGACUUUGUUAUAUAGAGGUUCGUUAAAUCGAAGUUCCACUGUAAUAAAAAUAACAAAGCAACUUGUACGGCUUUUUUGUGGGUUAUACAGCAAGGAGCAAGAAUUAGCACUUAAUCGGUUAUUGCACGGCCUUCUGUGCAGGAGGGUCCGACUUUGAUUCCAAGAUGUGACACCAAAUUCUUCUUUCAACUUCUUUCCUUUCCGUGUAGCUUUAAGGAGCUUUAAACACCUGUAAAACAGAGCACUGAUGGGGAAAGAGAGGGGGUAAAUAUGAGCUACUGACGUAAAGUAAAGAGACUUUUAUACCUCUAUCUUACUUAAACGGAUAACACAUCCUCAAAUGCGAUCUCUGUUGGAGUUGCAAGAAUGCGACCAUCAGCAAGUGUGGGGGGUUUGAUAAUGAUGCCAAUCUUAAGGAUAUUUCCCUCAGUUAGUAAAAGACCUUUUUAGCCGUAUGUUUUUUUUUUCCAAAUUUAGACCGUUGACCCUAAAUUGCACAAGAAUUCUUUCUUAUCCUUGCCUAAAUAAGUUUGUGCGUUCUCUUAAAGGAGCUGUGUCACGAUAUUCAGCCAAAUUGGAUAAUUAUAAAGUUCCCGUUAAAUUAAGAGAAACGUAAAAAUAACCGCUUAAAACAUUAAAGAAAGGUUAAAAUAACACAGCAGAUACAACAGAUGCCACGGAUGAGCAAAACUGAAGAAGAUUGAAACGGAUUGAAAUUAGAAUUUUUGAAAACUGUUCAGCUAAACAGUUUUUCAAAGUUGAUCCCUGCUGCUUGCAACUUCAAAAAUAAUGCUCAGGAGGCAUAUUCGUUUGUCUCGAAUCUCUGAUUUUGUCAUUUCCAUGUAAUUUCUUUUCUUAAAGUUUAAGUUCCAUAGCGAUUGAGGGCGAGUAAUUGGCAAAAUCAAACAAAAUGAACUGGACUUCCGUGAUACAGCCCCUUUAAGUAACAAUACUAAGAUGGCUGUGAACAGUCUCUUUGUUUAAAAAUUCCUUUGUUCUUUUGCUGUUGAUUUUUAUGCUUUGAAGACAGGUAUCAAAACUAACCCACAUUAUAACUAAUCGCACAGGGUUGGCAGAAAUGCGAGGACCCGUCCUGUGGUUACAGCACACGUCAAGUACCCCUGACACGUCAACGAGGCGCCCCUAUGUGCCCACAAUGCUUCAGGGCCCACUUGCAUCCAGUGGUGAGUAUAAAACUAAAACAAAGACAACCAUGACCGUGCAAAAUUUUUCUUUGACUCUGUUGGUAUUAUCAGCUAAAACUAUGUACAAACGGACAGGGUCAACAAUGUUUGGAGUUUUUAACCUCCGUGUUUGCAGUGGAGUGCACACGGAUGCAACAACUCCCAACAAUGUUAGGACCUGCAGUGCAUCGUGGGAAGGAUACAACCCAUAAGACUUUGAAGACCAUGUGUAAUCCGCGUGCGUGGCCCCAACAAUUAAUGUUCGAGGAGGUUUGCAAACGGAUCCAACAUUGUUGCGCUACGCUUCGGCGAUCACAAAGCAAAAGAAAUCUUGGGAGUUGUUGGCUCAAAACUUUGUUGGCCAACAAGGUUGCAUCCGUUUGAACGCGGAGCAAGGGAUGGCGGAGUGGUGAGAGCGUUCGCCUCCCACUAAUGUAGCCCGGGUUCAAAUCCCGGCGUCGAUGCCAUAAUGUGAGUUGAGUUCACUCUGCGAGGUUUUUCUCUAGGUAGUCCGCUUUUCCCCUCUCCUCAAAAACUAACAUCUCCAAAUACCAAUUCCACCAGGAAUCAGGUAGACGAAGAACCGCUUUGUGGAUGUGCUAUCUCCAAAUCAUUAUUUAUUUAUUUUAUUUUAUUAUUUAUUUAUUAAUCAUAACUAUAAUAAAAUUCUCAAAUCUGAUUGGCUAUCAACUGCACUGAUUUCAGCCUUAAUAGGACAGUACGCGUCAUGCGUAAAUAAUUAGGCUGAUUUAACAACAGAACGGGAAGGUAGGUUGACAGUGGUGCGCGCAAAUCAAACAACUGGCUUGACCAAAGGCUGAGCGGUAAAUUGGGCACCAGAAGUCGAGUUUAGUCUUUUCCGCGCGAUUUCCCGUAGUCAAGUGACGUUCCCGUUCUGUCGCUAAAUCAGCCUAUUGGACAUUACGCGCCAUCACGCGCGCGAUUAAAUGGCUUGUUUUCACUGUUAGAGAAAAAGAUCGUGGAAUUUCUUGUGUUUUGAUUAAACGAAAGAGCCUUAUAUAUCACAAAUUUUGUCAAAAUUGUGAUAAAUUGGUAACAGAACUUCGUGUCGUCCAAUUCGGUCUGUAAUCAUACUCGUGAUUAAACAACUCGUACUCCCGCUACGCGGUCAUCCGAUUUUGUUAAUCAUAUGGUUACAGACCGAAUUGGACUCCACUCAGUCCUGUUACCAUUACUUAUUUAUUUAUUUAAGUAUUUAUUUAUUUAACAUUUCGUGGCCUAACUCCUUUAGUGGUUGCCAAAUUGUUUUGUUUUCAGUUCUCCGACACAGCGCUGUACACUCAACUAUUGUACUUCUCCCGCUUGUUUGACUUCGAUCACGCGGUGAAAAAUUCAAAAACAGGUCAGUGUUUUGAGUAAGUGCCGAGUGUGAGUGAAAACGUUAUUUACCCACGGUAGUUUCAUCAAAUACCUUUACGGUUAACUAUCUGUUCUUCUCGAAAGCCGUCCUUAAGAAAUUCAAUUACAUAAAAAUAUGUUUAUAUCUAAAACUAAAGCGGCUAAGAAGAGAUCGCGCACUCUAUAAACUAAGAAAGGAGAGAAUUUAUAAUGGUUGACUGACAUAGUAUGUACGACUUGAUCCUCGCCUUGAAUUUUGCAGAAAAGUCUCUUUCUUUGAACAAGAAGGGAGGGAACCCCAAAGCUCAACAGCCGCAAAAGCAAAACUAUUCUUAAAAUAGUUUGUUCUUGCUUUGGGCAGGUAGAAGGACAACUUAACCUUCAAGGGUUGACGUAAACCCGAGCGCCCAUUUCUUGCGUCAAGGCUUACGUUUCUCCUUACGUUCGCUUUUUACGCGUUUGAACGGGGACAACUCAAACGCAAGCACAAUUGCAAGGUGGAAAGGGCUCAACUGUCAUGUUGGGUUACUGAAUGAUCACGUGCCUUUUUGUGUGUCUGUGCCUGUGUUUGCGCUGGACGUGGGGACUUGUCUGCCUCGUUCCUAGGCGUCUCAAGUGUGUUGGGAAAACGGAACACGCGACUUCGAGCGAGAGUAUCGCACAAUGAACCAUGGGAACGUUGAGCGUUUUCGCAAAGGGCGCUGGGAAGGGUGAACGCCUUUCCCAUAAUACCAUGAUCCAGUCGCUCUCCAAUCUGCUAGAACGCGCCUGGGUACGAGGCAAGAAACUUGUGCUUCCGCUGGCAAAACAAAUAUUAAAUGUUUCCAAGGAAGUUGUAGAAAGUGCAAUUUUUAUCCACACCAUAGAAUGUUUAUUAUUAUUAUUAUUAUUUACUUAUUUAUUUGAUUUGACCUUUAAACAAUCUGUUCAAAUUUUUUUCGUCUGUUCUUUUUUUAGCUGUGGGCGUAACACAGACUACGAAGUCAUUUUACAAAGCUGUGCACUCGGUGAUUACCAAAGUCCUAUCUGCUAAUGGUUACUCUGAAGUGAACCUUUCGAAAUUGUUUAGUAGUUUCUUCGUGUAG